GCACGGCACUUAGGAGCUCCACUUUCCUCGCGGGGCCCGGAGGGAGGAAGAAGAGGAGACGGCUCGCCAGGUCCCUCGUCGAGGAAGCAAGAGAGUUGCCUGGGCUUUGCCCCGUCACAAGGCGCUGCUCCUCCCGAAGCAGCCCGAGGGAGACCCCGCGAGGCGGAGCUGGUGGGCGGCAGCGGCAAGCGCAGCGCUGCCGGGAUCGGGGGCCGAGGCUGGCGCUGAUUGGCCGGCGCGAAGGACCUGCUGUCCAGAGCCGAAGAGCGACCGGGAUCUUUUCGAAACCGCUCACUCGUCCUCCCCUGCUGUGUGCGUGCGGAGCUCGAGUCUUGGCCGGAGGCAGGAUGAGCCAGAGAGAUGUGGCAGAAGCUUUGGUGAACAGCGUGCGCCCCCGCGCCUUGGAAGACGUGCUCCCGGCCGGCGUGCCCCCGGUGCAGGGCUUGCUGCUGCUGCUGCUCUCGCUCCUGGCCGCCUUCCACGCGGCCAGGCUUCUGCUGCAACAGCGGCAGCGGCGGCGGCGGUUGGAGCCGCCGGGCCCGUUCCCGUGGCCGCUGCUGGGCAACGCGGCUCAGCUGGGCAGCGCCCCUCACCUGGCCUUCGGGCGCCUGGCGGCCACCUACGGCCACGUCUUCCAGCUGCGCCUGGGCGGCUGGCCCGUGGUGGUGCUGAGCGGCGAGCGCGCCAUCCGCGAGGCGCUCAUCCGCCAGGGGGCCGCCUUCGCGGGCCGCCCGCCUUUCCCCUCCUUCCAGUUGGUGUCCGGCGGGCGCAGCUUGGCCUUCGGCGGCUACUCGGAGCUGUGGAAGCUGCAGCGGCGCCUGGCGCACUCGACGGUGCGCGCUUUCUCGGCGCGCCGCCUGCUGGAGCGGCCCCUGGUGGCCGAGGCGCGCGCCGUGGUGCGGCUGCUGGUGCGCGCGUGCGCCGGCGGCGCCUUCGUUGACCCGUCGAGGAGCCUGGUGGUGGCCGUGGCCAACGUCAUGAGCGCGCUGUGCUUCGGGCGCCGCUACAGCCACGCCGACGCCGAGUUCCGGCGCCUGGUGGGCCGCAACGAGCAGUUCGGGCGCACGGUGGGAGCGGGAAGCCUGGUGGACGUGCUGCCCUGGCUGCAGCGCUUCCCCAACCCGGUGCGCUCCGCCUUCCGCGCCUUCCGCUCCCUCAACCACGAGUUCUACAGCUUCGUGCGCCAAAAGUUCGUGCAGCACCAGAGCAGCCUCCGCCCGGGCGCAGCCCUCCGCGACCUCAUGGACGCCUUCCUCCGCCUCCAGCAAGCGCAGCCCGCGCUGCCCUUGGAGCACGUGCCCGCCACCGUCACGGACAUCUUCGGCGCCAGCCAGGACACGCUCUCCACCGCCCUGCAGUGGCUUUUGAUCUUCCUCAUCAGGUAUCCAGAGGUACAGGCUAAGCUGCAAGAAGAGAUCGAUAAAGUUGUUGGCAGGGACCGCUUGCCUUCUGCUGAGGACCAGCCCCACUUGCCUUACGUCAUGGCCUUCCUUUACGAAUCCAUGCGUUUCAGCAGCUUUGUGCCAGUUACUAUUCCCCAUUCCACCAUGGCUGACACCACCUUAAUGGGCUACCGCAUCCCCAAAGACACUGUGGUCUUUGUCAACCAGUGGUCAGUAAAUCACGACCCUGUGAAAUGGCCUUCCCCAGAGGAGUUUAACCCACUGAGAUUCCUGGAUGAGAAUGGAUUCCUUAACAAAGAUCUCACCAGCAGUGUGAUGAUUUUUUCGUUGGGCAAACGUCGGUGCAUUGGGGAAGAGUUAUCUAAAGUGCAGCUCUUCCUCUUUAUUGCCAUAUUCGUACACCAGUGCAAUUUCAGUGCUAAUCCAAAGGAAGAUACGAAAAUGGAUUUCACCUAUGGCUUGACUAUUAAACCCAAGCCGUUCGAACUCAACGUCACCCUUCGAGAUAACAUGGAUUUGCUGGAUAGCACUGUACAGAGACUUCAGGCAGAGAAGGAUUCUGAAAAUUGCCUCCCAGAUAUGUAAACGUUGAAGUUUGAACACUGUCUGUAGUCCUCUUAUAAGGAUCAUUUGCCUUUGCAUUUUUAUAUUUAAAUGAAACACAUUGAAAUAUAAUGUAUUCUGGAGAGGUAGUAGCAUGAAAAUGAAGUAAAACAAUGCAUUAUUUUUCAAAUACGGAUUUGGUUUUAACCAUUGGUAUUUCAUUUCCUCUGCAUUUCUUGCCAGGCAGAAGCAAAAAGGGCAUUCUCCAAAGUUGUUUUAAAAAUCUGAAGUUCCUUCCACAGUAGUGUUUAGUUUGGGAUUGCCAUGCUUCGUUUACUCAUUUUUU